AUGAGUCGCGCCGAGCUCCGCGAUGUGGAUAUGGCGACGAUUCACGAGGGCAACCCUCUGAUGGAGGGUGUAAUUCACCACGUGUUCGCCAAGGCGAGCGACAUAGCGAGGCGGCCGGAUGUGCUGCACUUUCUUGACCCGGCGGUGGCGCACACAAUGUACGCCUUCCGCGACGCCGCGCUGGGGCCGGUGGAGGAGAUGUGUGGAAAGCUGCUACUCGUUAUUCCCAUUGCGGAAUAUGACAGCGCCAGUAGCAACGGAGGUCACUGGAGCACACUCGUCCUACUGCGUGCAAGUGCCGAAAUGCCCUUUUCUGCCUUCCGUCUUGAUAGUCUCUACGACAAGAACAAGGAAUUGUGUGCAUCUUUUCUGGAGAUGCUUCACAGGUGCUCGCCAUGUGGUGACUGCAUCCCAUUGUGCAGCGAGGCUGUCGAUUUCCCCUCCCAAGAAAACAGCACGGACUGCGGCUGCUUCGUUUGUCUGGCCGCCCUUCACAUUGCUUCUGGUGUGCAGAAGAAGGGCGUAUGCGACACCCUUCUCACGUUCCCCCCUAGUUGGGACACAUCGCAGUUUCGCCGCGCUUUGUUGGAAGAGGUGCAGGAGAAAGGUAUUCCCUGA